UUCAUCGUUCUCGUCGUCAUCACUUUUCUUUUAUUGUCUUCUCCUUCUCAAAUGAUUAAAUUAUUCUUCAACUAUUUUACCGCUAAUCAGCUGCAGGUGUCGAGAGUGAAGGAAGCAAAGAUGUGCACUCUGAGUUACUUUCUACACACGUUAGGGCUUCUCAUGCUCUGCCUUUCCGUGGCAGCUAACAAAGAGUCACUUUCUAACGCCAGGUACAAAAACCCGAAAGAGCCAUUGGAAGUAAGAAUCAAGAACCUGAUGAGUCAUAUGACCCUUGAAGAGAAACUCGGCCAGAUGGUUCAGGUGGAACGCGUCAAUGCCACAACCAAAGUCGUUAGAAACUACUUCAUCGGGAGUGCGUUUAGCGGUGGAGGGAGCGUGCCGGCGCCAAACGCCACCCCUGAAGCUUGGGUGAACAUGGUGAAUAAGAUUCAAAAGGCAGCUCUUUCGACCCGCUUAGGGAUUCCCAUUAUCUACGGGAUCGAUGCUCUUCAUGGUCACAACAAUGCGUACAAUGCCACCAUUUUCCCGCAUAACGUAGGCCUUGGAGUCACCAGGGACCCUGGCCUUGUGAAGAGGAUUGGUGAAGCAACUGCUCUUGAAGUUAGAGCAACGGGAAUCCAAUAUGUCUUUGCUCCAUGUAUUGCAGUGUGUAGAGACCCUAGAUGGGGGAGAUGCUAUGAGAGCUACAGUGAGGAUCAUAGAAUAGUUCAACAAAUGACUGAGAUCAUACCUGGUUUGCAAGGUGACCUUCCCAGGGGUCAUAAGGGUGUUCCUUACGUCGCUGGCAAGACCAAAGUAGCAGCCUGUGCCAAACACUUUGUUGGAGAUGGAGGUACAUUGAGAGGGAUGAACGCUAACGACACGGUUAUUAACUCAAAUGGACUGCUAGACAUACACAUGCCGGCUUAUUACGAUGCGGUAAACAAGGGUGUUGCCACGGUUAUGGUGUCAUACUCGUCACUGAACGGGUUGAAAAUGCAUGCUAAUAAGAAACUUGUCACAGGUUUCCUCAAGAAGAAGUUGAAGUUCAAGGGCAUUGUCAUAUCAGAUUUUCUAGGUGUUGAUCAGAUCACUACACCUAUUCAUGCUAACUAUUCACACUCUGUUUACGCUGCUAUCACUGCUGGAAUCGAUAUGAUCAUGGGUUCAUCAAACUUGACCGAGUUAAUCAACGACUUAACCAGUCAAGUGAAGAGAAAACACAUCCCAAUGAGCAGAAUCAACGAUGCUGUGGAGAGAAUCUUGAGAGUCAAAUUCACAAUGGGGCUCUUUGAGGAUCCCAUGGCUGAUCAUAGCUUGGCCAACAAGCUCGGCUGUAAGGAACACAGGGAGCUAGCAAGGGAAGCAGUGAGGAAAUCUCUAGUGCUGUUAAAGAAUGGUGAAAAUGCAGAUGAGCCAUUGCUUCCCCUGCCAAAGAAAGCCAAAAAGAUCCUUGUCGCCGGAACGCACGCUGAUAACUUGGGAUACCAAUGUGGAGGCUGGACAAUCACUUGGCAAGGCCUCAAUACCAACAAUCUCACCAUAGGUACAACGAUCCUCACCGCAGUGAAGAACACGGUGGAUCCAAAGACGCAAGUCGUCUACAACGAGAAUCCAGACACCACCUUCGUCAACUCAAGCCGCUUCGAUUACGCGAUCGUGGUCAUCGGGGAGACACCGUACGCGGAAGGGUACGGAGACAGCACGAACUUAACCAUAGCCGAACCGGGUCAGAGCAUAAUGGAGAACGUGUGCGGGCUAGUGAAAUGUGUGGUGGUGGUUAUCUCGGGACGUCCGGUGAUGAUGCAGCCGUACGUAAGUGAGAUCGACGCUCUAGUUGCGGCGUGGCUUCCAGGAACGGAAGGUCAGGGAGUGGCUGAUGUUUUGUUCGGAUAUUAUGGAUUCACCGGGAAGCUUGCUAGGACGUGGUUCAGGACAGUGGAUCAGUUGCCUAUGAACGUUGGUGACCCGCAUUAUGACCCGUUGUACCCGUUUGGAUUCGGGUUGACCACAAAGCCGAAUAAACAGCUUUGAGCUUUCGUUAAGAGUUUGUUUAAUUGGCGCCAACGUUGAAAGUUAGUUAAGAAAAAUCUAUAAAAUGAUAUUUAAAAUA